AUGGACGAGGAAGUGGGUCAGUUCAUGAACAUCACGGGUGCCAACGAGCAGGUAGCUCGCGGGUAUCUGGAGCUCUCGAACAACGACUCCGCGCAGGCGAUACAGCUCUUCUUUGAAGAUCCCAGCCUCGCCGCAAACUUCAACCAGACCUCCAGCACCUCGGCGGCUGCCUCAACCGGAGGUUCCCGGCCAUCCAGGCGGCCGACGGCGGGCUAUGCUGGCAGGCAGGAUGAGAGAGGGGUGAUUCACAUCGACUCGGACGACGAUAUCAAUAUGGGCGAGGACGACGACGACGACUUUGGCAUACCUGAUGACGACGACGACGACGACGACGAUAAUGUCGCCGCCGUAGCACAGCGAGCUCAGGAGGAAGAGGAUGCCGCCAUGGCCCGCCGGCUGCAAGAGGAGAUGUACGGGCAGAACGCUGGCGGUGGUGGCGGUCCCGAAGAUGUCAGGGCACCGAUAGCACAGAGGACAGAGAUUCUGGCAGCGCCGGACCCGAACUGGGGCCUGGAGGACGACCGCGAAUCUGCCAUCCUUGAGCAGCUGCGUAGGAGGCAGAUGGCACGACCUCGAGGCUCUGCCAACCCUAACCCGUUUAGCAGAUCUGUAUGGGAUGAUUCUAGCGCCCCUCCGGUUCCGACAAGCACGAGACCAGACACACCACAACAAACGCAGUCUAGAGCGCAGCGGCUGGCCGACCUGUUUCGGCCGCCGUACGAUUUGAUGAGCCAUUUACCGUGGGAUCAAGCCCGCGAUGAGGGCAAGGAUGAGAAAAAGUGGCUGCUGGUCAACCUUCAAGACAUGUCAGAUUUCAUGUGCCAGGCGCUGAACCGCGACCUCUGGAAAGAUGAGCGUAUAAUCUCUCUGGUCAAGGAACACUUCAUCUUCCUGCAGUACGACAAGAACGACCCUCAGGCCGACUCGUACCUGACCUUCUACUUUCCCAACCAAUCCCACGAGAACGCCGACAACUAUCCUCACGUGUCCAUUGUCGACCCGAGAACAGGCGAGCAGGUCAAAGUAUGGUCUGGAAGGCCAUUCCCAUCAACGGCAGAGUUUCAUGCGGAUCUGGUGGAGUUCCUAGACCGAUACAGCCUAGCGGCCAAUAGCAAGAACCCUGUCGCCAAGACAAAACCAAAGUCGAAGCCGGUAGAUUACGGCCGCAUGACGGAGGAGGAGAUGUUGGAGAUGGCACUCAAGAACAGUCUAGAAGCAAACGGCUCUGGAUCUGGUGCUAGUGUCGAGGACCCCGACUCGCUCACAAAGUCGAGCCAAAGUACUGGCAAGGGGAAAGAAGUUGCCACGCCAGUCGAUCUUACUGGUGACGGAGUCGGACCUGAAGCCACGUCCUCCCAGCCGCCUGCAGAGGAGGCGGCAUUUGCAGCCAUCUCGUCCGCAAAUCCCCACACGGAGCCGGAAAAUGCACCCCCGCAGACGACGCGGAUCCAAUUCCGUCAUCCGUCCGGACGCAUCAUCCGGCGCUUCAAUGUGACGGAUGAGGUUCGGCGGAUCUACGAGUGGCUGAAAGCGGAACCUCUCGACGGCAAGGAAGGCGUGGUGUUUGAGCUCAAGGCCAUGCCUGCAGGGCGGGAUCUGAUAACGGAGCUGGACAAGACGAUAGACGAGGCUGGUCUGAAGCAGGGCACAGUCAUGAUUGAAUUUAUUGAGGACUAG